AUGCUGGGUCGCUCAACAGGACUCACCGUCCUGACCGGCCUCCUGGCCAUCGCCGGUUCCGCUGUCGCUGCUAAUGGCGACUGCUGCCGCUGCAUGCCCGGCGACGAGUGCUGGCCGUCUCGCGAAACCUGGUCAAGCUUCAACCAGACCAUCGACGGACGACUCGUCGCAACCGUCCCGCUCGGAACACCCUGCCACGGCGACGCGUAUGACCAAGCGAAAUGCGACGUGCUGAAGGAGGAAUGGACUCAGCCGGAGUUGCACUACGAGACGUCGUCGUCCGUAAUGGCGCCCUUCUUCGCCAAUAACUCGUGCGACCCGUUCCACCCGGUCUCGAAACCCUGCACGCUCGACAACUAUAUCGUGUACGCUGUUGAUGUUAGCAAGCCUGAGCAUAUCUCCAAGGCGAUCCAAUUCACCGUAGACCACAACAUCCGUCUUGUCGUGCGCAACACCGGCCACGACUAUAACGGGAAAUCCACGGGUGCGGGCGCGCUGGGUGUCUGGACACAUCACCUCAAGGAUAUCGAGAUUUCCGACUACAAGGAUAACCACUACCAGGGCAAGGCGAUUAAGUUGGGCGCUGGAGUUCAAGGAUUCGAGGCGUAUGAUGCUGCUGAUAAGCAGGGUCUGGAGGUUGUGGGUGGUGAAUGUCCGAGUGUCGGUAUCGCCGGUGGGUAUACCCAGGGAGGAGGGCACUCGGCGCUUGCGUCUACUCACGGGCUUGCCGCGGACCAGGUUCUGCAGUGGGAGGUUAUUGACGGAGAGGGCAACUUUGUUACCGCGACCAGAGAUAAUGAGCACUCUGAUCUUUAUUGGGCGCUUAGUGGUGGUGGCGGCGGAACUUACGGUGUUGUAUGGUCGAUGACAUCGAAGGCGCACCCCGGUCUGCCUGUUUCCGGGCUGAACUUGACCUUCUCCAGCGCCAACAUCUCCAAGGAUACGUACUACGAGGCGGUUGCGCUGUACCAUACUAGUCUCCCUCAGAUUGUUGAUGCGGGGGCCAUGAGCGUGUGGUACUUUACCAACACCAGCUUCUCCAUCUCCCCACUCACCGGACCCAACAUCCCCGUCGAGAAGCUGAAGGAAUUGGUCAAGCCGUUCACCGACGGCCUCGACAAGCUCGGCAUCAAGUACACCACCUACGCUGACCAGUUCCCCAGCUACCUGGCCCAGUUCUCGGCCAUGCAGGGCGAGAUUGGCGUCGGAGAAGCGCAGUACGGCGGCUACCUGAUCCCUCGCUCGACGGUCCUCGAAAGGAACGACGAGCUCACAUCCGCGUACCGACACAUCACCGAGGACGGGGCAACCUUUAUCGGCGUGGGGCUGAACGUUUCCAAAGCCCUCGUCGGCAAGGACAUCUUCAACUCCGUCCUCCCUGCCUGGCGCGACACCCUCAUCGACACCACCAUUACCACGCCGUGGGCGUGGAACGAGGACGAGGCGAUGCUCGCGGAGCAGCGCAAGAUGACGGAUGACUAUAUCCCUGCGCUGAGCAAGCUUGCGCCCGAGUCCGGUGCGUACAUGAACGAGGGCGACUUCCGGCAGCCGGACUGGCAGAGAGUGUUUUACGGGGAGAACUACGAUGCGCUGAGAGACGUUAAAGCCAAGUAUGACCCGAAAGAUGUGUUCUACGCGUGGCAGGCGGUUGGGUCCGACGAGUGGGCGGAACGUGAAGGGCGGCUGUGCAGGGCGUAA